GAGGUCGCCUGGAGAGGCCAGGACAGAAGCGAGACCCUUAUUUUUCAGAGAACUCUGAGUCUUCCAGAGGCAGCAUGUCAGAGGGCGUGGGCACUUUCCGCGUGGUCCCUGAAGAGGAACAGGAGCUCCGUGCCCAGCUGGAGCGGCUUACAACCAAGGAUCAUGGACCUGUCUUUGGCCCAUGCAGCCAGCUCCCCCGCCACACCUUACAGAAGGCCAAGGAUGAGCUGAACGAGAGGGAGGAGACCCGGGAGGAGGCGGUGCGAGAGCUGCAGGAGCUGGUGCAGGCGGAGGCGGCUUCUGGGCAGGAGCUGGCCCGGGCGGUGGCCGAGAGGGUGCAGGGAAGGGACAGCGCCUUCUUCCUGCGCUUCAUCCGCGCGCGGAAGUUCCACGUGGGGCGCGCCUACGAGCUGCUCAGAGGUUACGUAAACUUCCGGCUGCAGUACCCCGAGCUCUUCGACAGCCUGUCGCUGGAGGCCAUCCGCUGCACCGUCGAGGCCGGCUACCCUGGUGUCCUCUCCACUCGGGACAAGUAUGGCCGAGUGGUCAUGCUCUUCAAUAUCGAGAACUGGGACUCCGAAGAAAUCACCUUCGAUGAGAUCUUGCAGGCAUAUUGUUUCAUCCUGGAGAAGCUACUAGAGAAUGAGGAAACUCAGAUUAAUGGUUUCUGCAUCAUUGAGAACUUCAAGGGCUUUACCAUGCAGCAGGCUGCCGGGCUUCGGGCUUCCGAUCUCAGGAAGAUGGUGGACAUGCUCCAGGAUUCCUUCCCAGCCCGGUUCAAAGCCGUCCACUUCAUCCACCAGCCGUGGUACUUUACCACCACCUACAACAUGGUCAAGCCUUUUCUGAAGACCAAGCUACUCCAGAGGGUCUAUGUCCAUGGAGAUGACCUCUCUGGCUUCUUCCAGGAGUUUGAUGAGGACAUUCUGCCCUCUGACUUUGGAGGCACACUGCCCAAGUAUGAUGGCAAGGUCAUCGCUGAGCAGCUCUUUGGCUCCCGGAGCCAAGCUGAGAACACAGCCUUCUGAGGACGUCUCCUGCCGCCCACCUGUAGUUAGCAUCCCUGGGCUCUCCUCAGCCGUCCUGGACCCAGAAUUUUUGGAAAAGGGCUGUGGUCCCCCCUGAA